AUGGGGACCUGGUGCAGUCCAGUCCAAACGUGUCUGGUGCCGCUGGUAGGGGCCAUCGCAGCAGGAAACUGUGCAAUCAUCAGCCCCUGUGAGUGCACCGCUCACACAGCAGAGCUUCUUCAUCGUCUCGUCCCCUCCUACUUGGACAAUGAAUGUUUCCAUGGGAUUCUGGCUGGCACGAAUGACUUGCCUGAAGUUGUGGAACUUAAAUUUGACCAUGUCUUCUUUACAGGCAACAGGGAGGAGGGAAGCAAAAUUGCUCAGGCUGCAGCCCGCACACUCACACCCGUCACCCUGAUUUUGGGUGGCAAGAACCCAUGUUAUGUGGACCAACACUGUGACAUCUCCACCACCGCACAGCGCAUUGCUUGGGCACGUUUUCACAACGCUGGACAGAGUGUAGUGGCGCCUGACUACAUCCUGUGCCACGUGGAUGUCCAAGCACAGCUGAUGCAGGCCCUGAAGUGCUGCUUAAUGCAGUUCUACGGCGCUGAUCCCAGAGAGUCUCGCAGUUAUGGGCGCAUGGUCAAUCUAGAGAUCUUCAACCGUACAAGAGACAUGCUGUGGAGAUCUGGCAAAGUGGCUGUGGGUGGCCAAGUGAUAGAAGCAGAUAAAUAUAUCGCCCCAACGAUUUUGACAGGGGUAUCAGAAUCAGAUCCCAUCAUGCAACAGGACAUUUUUGGCCCAGUUCUUCCUGUUUUGACUGUAAACAAUAUGGAGGAAGCAAUUGCCUUCAUUAAUAAGCAGGAGAAACCCCUCUGUGUGUAUGCAUAUUCCAGCAACAGCAAGGUCAUCUCGAGGCUAAUGAGUGAGACAUCUAGUGGAAGCUUCUGCUCCAACGACAGCAUCCUGCAGAGUCUGAUGGUGGCUCUGCCAUUCGGUGGAGUUGGUUCCAGUGGAAUGGGUUCCUACCACGGCCGCCACAGCUUUGAUACGUUCUCUCACAGGAAAUCAUGCCUGCUAAGAGGCACCCGGUUUGAGUGUGUAACCUAUCUGCGUUAUCCACCCUACGAGGACCGCAAUCUCGCUGUCAACCGCUUGCUGCUGCUUCAGAGGAUUAACAUGUGCUAA